GGUGCUUUAAAUACAGGGAGGAGGAAAGCGGAGGGUCGCAGCGGAGCCAAAGCCCGGCAGCCGUCGCCUUUCCUUGGUCUCGGGCAACAUGACGCUCCGCUCCGUCCUGCUCCUGAGCUUCCUGCCGUCGGUCCUGGCGGGCGGCGGCUGCCCCCUCGGGUGCUCCUGCUCCAGGACGGCCCAGGUGGAGUGCUCGGGCGCUGAGGUCACGGAGAUGCCCACACCUCUGCCCGCCAAGGCCAUGAGCCUGCAGGUCACCAACACGCACCUGGCUGCUCUGGGCCCCGCGGCCUUCAGCAACGCCUCCCAGCUGCUCGCCCUGCGGAUAGAGAAGAACCUGCUGGAGCGCCUCAGUCCCCGCGCCUUCCAGGGCCUGGCGGCGCUGCGCUACCUGAGCCUGGCCAGCAACCGGCUGCAGGAGCUGCCGCCCGACGUCUUCCGGCCGUUGGCCCGGCUGGAGGCCCUGCUGCUGUCGGGGAACCAGCUGCGCCGCAUCCAGCCGGCCCACUUCGCCGGGCUGAGUGCGCUCAAGGAGCUGCAGCUGCACGGGAAUCGCCUGCAGGGGCUGCCCCCGGGCGCCUUCGACCAGCUGCCCAGCCUGGCCCGCCUCAACCUGGCCCGCAACCAGCUGGUGCGCCUGCCGCCCCGCCUCUUCACGCCGCUGGCGCGCCUGCAGGUGCUUCGCCUCUAUGAGAACCAGCUGAGUGAGCUGGCGCCCCGGGCCUUCGGCGGCCUGGCCGAGCUGCAGGAACUGGCCCUCUACCAGAACCGGCUGCGCCAGCUCCCCGUCGGCCUCUUCGCCGGCCCGCGCAGGCUGCAGAAGCUGCUGCUGUCCGGCAACCUCCUGGAGACGCUGCCCGAGGGGCUACUGGUGGGCCUGCCCGAGCUCUCGAGGCUCUCGCUCUUCGGAAACGCCCUGCGCGAGCUGCGUCCGGGCACCUUCGGCCCUAUGCCGCUUCUGCGAGAACUCCGGCUGGCCGACAACCAGCUGGCCUCGCUGCCCGGCCACGCCCUGGCCAACCUCACCGCGCUGCAGGUCCUCGUCCUGAGCAGGAACCGCCUCGUUUCUCUGGCGCCCGCCGCCUUUGCCGGUCUGGAGGCCCUCGAGGAGCUUCACCUGCACUCCAACCGGCUGGUCACGCUGGACGAGGCGCUCUUGCGCGACCAGACCUCGCUGCGGAACCUCUCCUUGCACAGCAACCGGCUGGCCGCCGUGCCCGCGCGGCUCUUCCAGGGGACCCCCGGCCUGCGCGCCCUUCAGCUGCAAAACAACUCAUUGGAGGAGCUUCCGGUGGGCAUUUUCGACGGGCUGCCGGAGCUGCGCGACCUCCAACUGCACGACAACCCCUGGCGUUGUGACGCUGCCACGCGGUGGCUUCGGCGCUGGCUGCGGGAGAACAGGUCCAGCCGCGGCAGAGAAAGCCACCACCCCCGCUGCGCCGCCCCGCCUUGGCAGCUGGGCCGCUCCCUGCUGGAGCCGGAGGCCACAACCUUCGGUCCUGGGAGCUCCGCACCGCUGGAGGGCUGGGGAACCGUCUGGAGCCGCACGGAGGCCCCUUCGGAGAGCGAGCCGACGCCGGAGACGCUGUCGCCUGGACGCUGGCAGCCGCCGCUGGAUAUCGAGCCUGGCAGCGCAGAGAUCGCGCACGAGUUCCCGGGGGAGCUCCCCGUAGCGGGGCGAGGGGGAGGCGGGAUUUGGGGCCUGACCCGCACCCAGACGGGGGUCGUUGUCACCUGCCUCGUGGUGGGCUCCGCCUUGCUCCUGGGGACGGUGCUGGCAGCGGGCGUCUACGGCUCCAGGCGGAAGCGCUCCGUCCCGGCCAAACCCUAGGUCCGCUACGGGGCUGGCCCGGUCGCGCCCUUCCUUCCAGCACUCACGCCUUCACCCGCUCCACCACGUCGGCCCCGGCACGGGCUCAGCAGCAGACCGGCGCCCCACAGCUCUCGCCGCUACUAGCCGACUUUUGCCCCGAGGAUCUGUGCCCAGACGGACGCUGGCGCUCCUUCGCUCGGCCCUCCUUUGAGGCAGAUUGCGCGCCUUCGAUCGAGGGACGCCCAGGCCCGGAUUCGCAGCGGGACGGCUAACAGGGCCGGGCGGUGGCCGGAACCAGCACUGGGAGGUCGGGACAGUUUGGGGCACUUAGGAAGAGGCGCCAAUCCGGGCCGCACUUUCCUCACGCAGGCCGCAAGUCUGGGCUGUUCGAAGGGGCGGGACGCCCAUGCAAGCCCCACUCCCUCUCCAAAAAGGCGCUCGGCUCCUGAACCGUCGAUCCCAAGCGGUCGGAACCUACGCGGGUCGCCACACACCCAAGGCCGGCGAAGGGCUUCUGGGGCGGGCUGGAGUGCCCCGGGGGUGGCGCCACCCGUACGUUUCCCAUAGAGGCGCACAGAAGGUCGGCAGAUUCCAUCUAGGGAGGAAGACACGCGCACCCCCGACUCCGGAAGCCCAGAUGGGAACAGGAGAAGCCGCGCGCUGGCCUGGCAAUGAGCGGUCUCGCCCUGCGUGAGAAAGGCCCGUGGCUCUCCCGCUGCCUCUCAGCCGAGGACGGCGCUCCAGGCAUCCAGCUGAAGGGGACCGGGCUGCGCUUGGAUGUGGCGGAAUGCAGGCCGGUUUCCCGGGAGCCGUGGACGGAGAGGAGCCCGGGCGCUGUUGCGGUGGGCAGGGCCGGCUCCGGGGCGCGGGGCAUUUGACAUUUCUGGGGAGCAGGGAAUCGGGCAGAGACUCCGCCAGUGAGCUCCUCCGGCGGCCCAGCCAGACAGUUCGGUCGGCGAAGAGUUCCCCGCAACGACGGUAGCGCCUCGGCGGCAGA